AUGUUCGCCCGAGCAGCGAAAACGUCCAAUUCGGCAAGCGGGCCGGCUGCUGCCCCGUCCGGGAACAAUAGAGCGCACCCCUCUGCCGACCCGAAGAGGGCUCCAUUGGCCAAAUCUAUCCCGAACAAUACCUCUAUCAACGACUUCUACAGGCGACCUAUUUCAGGCACGUCGCAAGCUUCCACCUUCAAGCUACAACCGUCAUUCAACCCGCCUAAAUCUCGCCCAACGAUUACAAGCAAACCUCUCCAACACCGCUCGCUGAACGCGCCAUAUGUGGCCACGAAGGCUGUACAUUCGAACACCGGUAGCCUCGCAGCCCUAUACGGCAAAUCCGACUCGUUUACUGAGGAACCAUCCUUGGCCGCUGCUCGAAAAGUGUGCGGAUUGACAGAAGCAACUGAGGAGGAGCUGCGGGCACUCGGCGUCUGCCCAGACGAUUUUGCCGAUGACGAAAAUCUUGACCUUGAUAUCCCGUGUCCUUUGCCCCUCACAAAGAUACAUGAAGCACCUGCAGCAUCAGGUGCAGGCCCCAAACCAUCGCCUCCUCGCCCAUGCCAAUCACCCACGCUUCGCGCACCUCAAGAUGACUCGGCAUAUUAUGGUGCUCACGUAUCUUCCGUAUCUUCGAAACGUGCCUCUUCAGACAGUACAGCCACGACCUCACCACAGCCGUUGACAAAAAGGCGGAAAAUGCCAAACUGGUCAAAGACCCUACCGCAAGAAGCACCUCUUAGCUCUGUAAUGCCGGCGCCAAAACCUUUAGGAGCGAUGUUAGAUGCAACUGCCAGCGCAGUGAAGGUACAGAAGAAGCAGCUUAAGGGGCUAUCAAGAAAACAGACAACCGCUGGGUUGGAUAAUGGUGGCCACGCCGAAGCUAAAAGCUCGCGCGACCGUCUCAGCGAAGUGAGUUCCCUUCCGAAGCCGCCUGGGCCUUUGACGCUGAGCAAUGAGCAGCAGCAUGUCAAAAACCUAGUUUGCUUCAAAAAGGCAAGCGUAUUUUUUACAGGGCCGGCUGGGACAGGCAAAUCGGUCUUGAUGAGAGCAAUUAUCGAUGAUUUACGGACAAAAUAUGCGAAAGAUCCAGAGCAGCUCGGCGUCACAGCCUCCACUGGUUUGGCGGCUUGCAAUAUUGGUGGCAUGACGCUUCACAGCUUUGCUGGUAUUGGCCUUGGCAAAGAAGACCCAAAUACCCUCAUCCGCAAAAUCCGACAAAAUCAAAAGGCCAGAAACCGCUGGCUAAAGACCAAGACACUCGUUAUCGACGAAAUCUCCAUGCUUGAUGGAGACCUCUUCGACAAACUCUCUCAGAUCGGACGCACUAUCCGUAAAAAUGGCCGCCCUUGGGGUGGCAUACAGCUCGUUCUGACCGGCGACUUCUUCCAGCUGCCUCCGGUUCCCGAUCGAGAAAAGCGAGACGUAAAGUUUGCUUUUGAGGCCCUGACGUGGGGGGAUUCCAUCGACCACACCAUCGGUUUGACCGAAGUGUUCCGCCAGAAGGAUCCAGAAUUUGCACAGAUGCUCAACGAAAUGCGGCUUGGCCAGAUCAGUGAACAAACUGUGCAGACGUUCAAGUCAUUGUCACGACCUCUUCAAUUCGACGACGGCCUUGAAGUGACAGAAUUAUUUCCUACACGGCAAGAGGUUGAGAACUCCAACGAACGGCGCCUUCGCGGACUAAACCAAAAGUCCAUGUUCUAUGAAGCACUCGACACAGGAGAGCCUGCUCUACGUGAGAAGCUACUUCAAAACAUGAUGGCGCCGAAAAUGCUCGAACUUCGUGUCGGUGCUCAAGUCAUGUUAAUCAAAAACAUGGAUGAAUCUCUCGUCAAUGGUUCUCUUGGCACAGUCGAAAAAUUUAUGACUGAAAGCGAGUACAUCGAUCUCAACGCCAGUUCUGUACCUGCCGACCCCGAUAUCAAGAAGAGGACUAGUAUCUUGAAUAGUUAUCUUAACGGCGACACCUUAACAAACAAUGGCAAUGGGGGAGCCGGAAACAGUGGCCGUCUCUAUCCCUAUGUCCUGUUCCACGGCAUAGGCGGUUCUACACGCGGCAUUCUUAUACGCCCGGAAGAAUGGAAGUCUGAGCUGCCAAACGGUGUUGUCCAAGCUUCGCGCACCCAGUUGCCCUUAAUUUUGGCUUGGGCUCUUUCGAUUCAUAAGGCUCAAGGGCAAACGCUGGAGCGUGUUAAAGUCGAUCUUGGCAGGGUUUUUGAGAAGGGCCAAGCAUACGUUGCGCUUAGUCGAGCCACAACGAAAAGUGGUCUGCAAGUACUGAGGUUCGAGAAACACAAGGUGAUGGCUCAUCCGAAGGUUAUCGGAUUCUACGGCAAGUUGUCCAGCGCUGAAGCUGCUUUGAAGGGCAAGCACGGAAAUGCAUCUAUUCUCGCUUUUACCAAUCCGCUCCUGAAACAUAAGACGGCCACGGCUGCGUAUGGAACUGGUUAA